AUGGAGGGAGCUGUAACAGAAGGCAGGUUUAGCGACUCUUCUACUUCAUCUAGAAAGCGGCACGCGCUGCGUCGGUCGCUGCUUCCCACUCUGUUCACUUACCAGCCUGUGCGUGAUCUUGGCGCCAUCGAGCUUGUGCGCGCGCGCCGUGUCAAUAAUAAUUGCCGCCGUGUCUAUGCCAAGGCCAGCACCGCUGCAUCGACGGAGCGGGGUCUUGGCACUCCCCAACUCGAGUCCUACUUCUUCUAUGCUUUCGCAUGCGUACAAUGCGAAUGUAGUGGCCAGGAUCAGGCAAGACAUCUCAUUCUCCAAGCACGACUUGAUACCGUACCCUUAAACUUCAAACUCCCACGCACAAAUCCCCGCAUGACUCAGCGCUUUCUUCUCGGCCCUUUCUGCUGGCUCUUUCCAGAGAAGCCUCCACGCGUGGUGCUAAUACCUCUGGUAUUGAAACGCCAAGGUCGCGGGUUCGACCCCCUCAUUGACCAUUGCUUUUUGCCUUCUUUUGCUCUACAGUUGUCACGGGCCUUGCACCCCGUUGACCAAUAUCCUGGCAGUAAUACACAUAUCUUUGGAAUCGAUGAAGAUAGCCGAUUCCAGGACACCUACGAUACAUCGCUUGAGUGGUGGGAAGAGGAGUGUCAUAGAGAAAAGCCCCCUCGACUUGACACGGAGGAAGUGCUGCUGACGAGCAGUGUCGAGCGGCUCGACCCAAGUCUCGUAUCUCGCAAAAGCUAUAACUAA